GCGUGUUGUCGUGCGCAAUUUCCUGUAAGCCUGCUGGAUGUUGUCCACUUAGGAGAGUUAGUCAACAAAAACUCACCAAGCUUAACAAUUCUCCCGGAUGAGGCGAUACAACAGUCCCCCGCCUCGCUAUGGUGCGAGCUCGUCAGAGACAGAUGCUCUGAUGCGUGACAAGCCUUCUCAUCUCCAUCAAUCCCUCAAGAAUUACAUGCGAACGGCACUAAUUGCUAUCAUAACUGCUUCAAUUGCGGUCAUCAUUUUCGCAUCAGUGUCUGACCCUUGUAAUAAUCCCUUAGAUCCGGAUGUUCGAGAGCGCAUUCGCAAGGCUUGGAACAUCGAACUUCGCCAGCACGAGAAAGAAGUUCUCGAGCGCAGUGGCACCCACAAACGCUGGCGUCUGGAAGAUAAUGACAGGAUUCAUCUCCGCGAACAAUGGGGAACAGAAGUUGAAGAACACAAUCGUGAAAUGGAGAGGCUAAAGCGCGAUGAAAACCGUAGCCGCGAACAGUGGAAAAAAGAAGAAGAUGGCCACGAGCGUGAAGUGGAGGAGAGACGCAAGCACGAAGAAGAAGAACGCUUAAGGUUGAAUAUGUUUUGGACCGACCCGACUUCCCACACGUGCACGACAUACGCCACUCGAGAGUACACUGCCCGACUGGUGAACGUCCCAUCAUACUACAACCGCCGUGUGGAGGCUUGCAUGGCCACACCGGUAAAUAUCCACGGGGUUGACUACACACCUAAGUGGUGCGAGGAUCAUGGUCCAAGCAACGUAAUAGGACAUUGGGAAGUCGACCAGCACGAGCCAGAUUGCGCGUCGUACUGGACCUGGUACAAAGAUUUUGGUUGUACUUCGCCUGGAUCCGGUCAGCGAGUGAGUUUCUCAGACACGAUAUAGUAAGCGAAGUUGACGGUAUACAGCUCAUUGAACAUUACCUCGAGAACAUCCCGUCUGGAGGCGAUUGGAAGGAGUUCUGUGCUACCACUCCUGCAAGCUUCCGUGGGAUGCACUUCACGGGGGCAGAGAUCUGCUUCAAAAA